CGUACCUGCUGUGGGGCUUAAAGACUUUAUGAUCACACAGGCCUAUAUAUAUGGUUCCUGGGAGGCCAGUUAGACACCAAGAAACGAAAAUGGAGAAGAUGGAGGAGAAGGGUUUCCAUGCCAAAAGGCAGAAAGGUGGAAUGGCUACAAUGCCCUUCAUAUUUGCAAAUGAGGCCUGUGAGAAGCUGGCUGUGGUGGGUUUUAAUGCCAAUAUGAUUAGCUACUUAACAGGCCAACUUCAUAUGCCAUUAACUAAAGCAGCGAAUACCCUCACCAACUUUGGAGGCACUGCAAGCUUGACACCUCUGCUCGGUGCCUUCUUCGCUGAUGCCUACACCGGCCGGUUCUGGACUAUAACAAUUGCUUCCAUGAUAUACCAAAUAGGCAUGACAAGCUUAACCCUAUCAGCCACACUUCCAAACCUAAGGCCACCCCAGUGCAAAGAAGAUGAAGUUUGCCAAGAAGCAGACGCAGGACAACUGGCAAUCCUAUAUGCUUCUCUCCUUCUGACAGCUUUAGGGUCAGGGGGGAUCCGACCCUGUGUUGUUGCAUUCGGGGCUGACCAGUUUGAUGAAACGGAUCCUAAGCAAUCAACAAAGACAUGGAGAUACUUCAAUUGGUACUAUUUUGUGAUGGGAGUGUCUGUUCUGCUGGCUGUGACAGUGCUUGUGUAUGUACAGGACAACGUUGGAUGGGGAUUGGGCCUUGGAAUCCCAACCAUUGCUAUGUUUCUCUCAAUUAUUGCAUUUAUUAUCGGAUACCCACUUUACCGGAACUUGCGUCCAGCUGGAAGUCCAUUUACCCGCUUGUUACAAGUGUCGGUGGCUGCAUUUAGGAAGAGGAAGUUGUCCAUGGUUUCGGAUCCUAAGCUACUGUACCAGAAUGAAGAACUGGAUGCUCCCAUUUCCAUUGGUGGAAGGCUUCUCCACACUAAACACAUGAAGUUUCUUGACAAGGCAGCCAUUGUGACGGAAGAAGACAACCUGAAAGCAGGCCAAACACCCAAUCUAUGGAGGCUAAGCACAGUGCACAGAGUAGAAGAAUUGAAAUCUAUAAUCAGAAUGGGACCUAUAUGGGCAGCAGGAAUUCUCCUAAUCACAGCUUACGCCCAGCAAGGCACAUUUUCCCUCCAACAAGCCAAGUCCAUGGACAGGCAUCUCACAAAAUCCUUUCAGAUCCCUGCUGGUUCCAUGUCUGUCUUUACCAUGACCUCCAUGCUCACCACCAUAGCCAUUUAUGAUCGUUUAUUUGUUCCUUUUUUCCGUAGAUUCACAGGGCUUGAUCGCGGCAUAACCUUUUUGCACAGGAUGGGAAUUGGAUUUGUUAUAUCCAUAUUAGCCACUCUAGUUGCAGGCUUCGUGGAAAUCAAGCGAAGACAUGCAGCUGCAGCUAAUGGCCUACUAAAUUCUCAUCACACUAUUCCCAUCUCAGUGUUCUGGCUUGUGCCACAAUAUUCUCUUCAUGGGAUAGCAGAAGCUUUCAUGUCUAUCGGGCAUUUAGAAUUCUUAUAUGAUCAAGCACCUGAAAGCAUGAGAAGCACAGCUACUGCGCUAUUUUGGACAGCGAUUUCAGUCGGGAAUUAUGUAAGCACGCUUCUGGUUACCUUAGUGCACAAGUUUAGUGCAGGCCCUGAUGGAUCAAACUGGCUUCCGGAUAACAAUUUGAACAAGGGGAAACUGGAGUACUUUUACUGGUUGAUCACAUUGAUGCAAGUCGUUAAUCUCGUUUACUACUUGAUUUGCGCCAAGAUGUAUACUUUUAAGCCCAUUCAGAUGCACAGUAAAGAAGCCAGUGACUCUAAAGAUGAUGGGGUAGUGGAGCUUACGAACAAGAUUUAACACAGUCUACUGGGUUUAUUUCAAAAGUUUGUAGCUAUUAUCAGUGCUUGCGCGUUCAAGGUGACAUAGCUAGCUUGUAUACGAUCAGGCAGAAUCUGAUACUAUGAAUAAAUUUAUAUAUAGUAUGUGAAAAAUGAUGUAGAAUCAAACCCCUUACCAUGCGAUCAUUUUUCAGUAACAGUAACAGAUGAAGAAUUCCAAUC